GCAGAGACGGUGUAAGAGAAACGCACGGUUCAGUAGUGCACUGCUCACAAUUGACAAUGUUGAGAUUUGGCUGGAAAACCUAACGCAGUAGUCUGUGCGGCGUCGUUGCCACCUUCACCGCUCACUAUCUUCUUAGCGAUACCGAGGCCAAAUAUCCAGCUGUCCUAUCAGUUGCACUGAAGCUUGUAGAGAAAAUUUCAGCUUCAAAGAUAGUGCGGGAAAGCUUCCUUGCUUUGAAUUAAUUUCCUUAUCCAUACUCAUUUUUGCAUCUCUCAUGUUUGUUAGAUUGCCUCAAUGGCCUUCUCUUCAUGUCUCAAAUGCUACCCUUGGUUUCACUAUCACUCACACCUCGCUUUCUCUUCCUCUUACAAACCUAUCUCCAAUUCCACUCUUUCUUUCGUAUCCACGCAGCAACAUCACUCGCUAAUCGCUACCCAAUCCUCCUCCUCCUUCUCCAGUUCAGUUCCUCUCUCUCCCAACUUCACUCCAGAUCAGCUGCUUGAGACUAUCCGUCGCCAAAGUGAUGAAACUGCUGCUCUUCGCUUGUUUGAUUGGGCCUCCAAGCAGCCCAAUUUCAAGCCUGAUUCAUCCAUUUACGAGGAAAUCCUCCGUAAACUUGGUAAAGUUGGUUCAAUUAAUUCGAUGAAGGAUAUAUUACAGGAGAUGAAGGUUUCUGGUUGCGAGAUUAAUACAGGUACAUUGUUGAUUUUCAUUGAGAGUUAUGCAGAAUUUGAAUUAUACGAUGAAAUUCUUGGUGUUGUGGAAUGGAUGGAAGCGGAAUUCGGAUUGGAACCUGACACGCUUAUCUUUAAUUUCUUGUUGAAUGUUCUUGUCGACGUGAACAAGCUUAAAUUAGUGGAAGCUGCGCAUUCUAGCAUGAUUAAUAGAGGAAUUAAGCCUGAUGUUUCGACAUUUAAUAUAUUGAUAAAAGCUUUGUGUAGAGCACAUCAAAUUCGGCCUGCCAUUUUAAUGAUGGAGGAGAUGCCCAGUUAUGGUUUGUCACCCGAUGAGAAAACGUUCACUACUCUAAUGCAGGGUUUUAUUGAGGAAGGAAAUCUGGAUGGUGCACUGAGAUUAAAAGAGCAAAUGGUGAAUGCUGGGUGUACUGUAACCAAUGUGACUGUGAAUGUUUUGGUUCAUGGGUUUUGCAAAGAAGGCAGAAUCAGCGAAGCACUGAAGUUUAUAGAUGAGAUGUCAAAUGAGGGGUUCUUUCCGGAUAAGUUUACGUUUAAUACAGUGGUCAAUGGAUUGUGUAAGGCCAGACAUGUUAAGCAUGCUUUAGAAGUUAUGGAUGUGAUGCUCCAGGAGGGAUUUGAUCCAGACGUAUAUACGUAUAACUCUUUGAUUUCUGGGUUGUGUAAAUUGGGUGAAGUAGAGGAGGCAGUGGAGAUUCUUGAUCAGAUGAUAUCAAGGGAUUGUUCACCAAAUACCGUCACUUACAACACACUGAUUAGCACAUUGUGCAAGGAGAAUCAAGUUGAAGAGGCUACUAAACUUGCUCGUGUUCUGACUAGUAAAGGGAUUUUACCUGAUGUUUGUACAUUUAAUUCUCUGAUACAAGGUCUGUGCUUGACCCGAAAUCAUGCCAUUGCCAUGGAACUGUAUAAGGAGAUGACAAAUAAAGGUUGCCAUCCUGAUGAGUUUACCUACAAUAUGUUGAUUGACAGCCUCUGUUGCAGGGGGAAACUUGAUGAAGCUCUGAGCCUACUUAAAGAAAUGGAAUCAAGUGGCUGUGCACGGAAUGUGAUAACAUAUAAUACGCUGAUUGAUGGGUUUUGCAAAAACAAGAGAAUUGAAGAAGCAGAGGAGAUCUUUGACCAGAUGGAGCUCCAAGGAGUUUCAAGAAAUUCAGUGACCUACAAUACCCUUAUAGAUGGUCUUUGUAAGAACAGGAGGGUGGAGGAUGCUGCUCAACUGAUGGACCAGAUGAUAAUGGAGGGGUUGAAGCCUGACAAAUUCACUUAUAAUUCCAUGCUUACCUACUUCUGCAGGGCAGGGGAUAUAAAGAAAGCUGCAGAUAUUGUGCAAACUAUGACUUCCAAUGGGUGUGAACCAGAUAUUGUCACAUAUGGAACCCUGAUAGGGGGGUUGUGUAAGGCUGGUAGACUUGAAGUAGCAAAUAAGCUCCUCAGAUCCAUUCAAAUGAAAGGCAUGGUUCUGACUUCUCAUGCUUAUAACCCUGUAAUUCAAGCACUAUUUAAACAGAAAAGAACAAAGGAAGCCAUGAGACUUUUCAGAGAAAUGGAGGAAAAGGCUAGUCCUCCAGAUGCUCUCACAUACAAGAUUGUUUUCCGUGGACUGUGCAAUUCUGGAGGACCAAUUGGAGAGGCUGUUGAUUUUGUGAUUGAGAUGACAGGAAAAGGAUUUUUACCAGAAUUCUCUUCAUUUUAUAUGCUGGCUGAGGGACUUUCUUCUUUAGCUAUGGAGGAGACUUUAAUUAGGCUUGUUGACAUAGUCAUGGAGAAAGCAGACAUCUCAGAAAAUGAAGCAACCAUGAUAAGGGGGUUUCUCAAAAUUCGAAAGUUCCAUGAUGCAUUGGCCAACCUUGGAGAUAUUCUUGACAGCCGGAGGUCCAAGAAAGCUUACAGUUACAGAUGAAGGUAAUUUUGAUGCUGCUACCAGAGAAAAUAUUUAGAAAGAUGGAUGAUCUGCUUGAUUGUAUUUAAUGGAGCACGAUUUUUAUCACAGAGGACAUGCCCUUGUUAGAAUUUACAUACAGGAGUUCCAAGAACUUUAAGAAUUGCUUCGAUCUUUUGUGUAAUGUAUAACUAUAAAAUUCUCGGGCUCGCUAUUGCAUGGUAAACUAUAUACUGGCUUUGUUUUUA